CUUACCCCUGGAAAUGUCAGCACAACCGUUGGAGGAGAGUCGGGCUGUUUCUGAGGGUACCGCAGAAAAGAAAGAGAAUAAUGAACAAAUCGCAUCAGAAACUGAUAAAAAAGAGCGAAAAGAACAAACACCAGCAGAUAGCACCUCUGAAACUGAUAAAAAAGAGCGAACACCAGCAGAUAACAACUCUGAAACUGAUAAUUGGGGCGAUUUUGCUGCCAAUGCUAAAUCGUUGGAACCUCUGGUGUCGUUUGCCGACGAACUCACCGAAAUACCGGAUAUACGCACGGAAGAGACCGGUGGUGACAACGAGGGAUGGGAGAGGCAUCAUGGGCGACGAGACAGUGAUGAUAAUGGUCGGUCUGAUCGUUACAGACCGGUUGAUAGGGACAGAAAAUACGAUAGAAGAUUCGAGAGAGGCGGAGAAUUCAGCCCGAGAAAGCGGCGAAGUUACGAUGAAGGUGGACGACGUGGUAUAGCAUAUGAGAGUGGAUACGAUUCAAGAGAUGGAUACAGAGACAAGCGGGACGGUGGUAGGUUUGGCAGCCGCUACGAGGACCGAGAUCGACGGGACGAUGACCGUUUCGACGAUAGGCGAGGCGGUGAUAGAGGCUUCAGAGGCGGCAGACAAGAUUUCGGUGCGAGAGGCGGUUACGUGGACGACGAAAGAAGAGGCAGUUUUGGUCGACGGGACUACGGUGAGCGGGGUGGUCCGCGCGGCGGCGAUGACCGGCGAAUGGGUGAUCGAGAUCCCAGACGCGACAAUGAUCGUUUCAGGUCCUAUGAUCGGGAUCGAGGCGAUUCUAGGAGCGGCGGCCGUGGAAGUAAUCUACAGAGUCCACCUCCGUCAAAGGUUGUUGGAAUAUUCGGUAUUCCGGUCUCAGUUGUGUACGAAGAGCUAACCGACUUUCUUAAGUACCACAUUCCCAGCAUUCCCUAUCAAAACGUCCACCUAGUCAAAGACAGACAAACCAAUAUGUCUCGGGGUUUUGCCUUUGUUUACUUCGAUUCGAUCGAGGAUUCAACACGAGCGAAGGACGCCCUUGUAAACAAGGAGAUUCAGAAUAAAAGGGUAAGGGUCGAUUUUGCUAUCGGUGAAGGACCAAGACCGCAAAAGUAUUAGCGUGAAUUAAAAGGAGGAUUCUAACUUAUUUUGACGUAAACUGUUAUUCUGGUCGAGCUGCACAAGAGCACGCUACGAAUUGAGCAAUAUCGCGUUGAAAGCCCGGGUCUCACCAUGUAAAAAUGAGUUGAAGUUGAUAGCUGAUUGUGGUCUGUGGCAACACUCUGACCGAAAAGGCGAUGUACAACGAACAAAUGAUAUGCCGGACCACGGUUACAGAGUCUAGUCACAUGAUUACUUUGUGGAUGCGAGUGCUUGGCCACCGGUGAUCUGGGGUAGUGACUGUGAACAGUACACGGCUUGAAAUCGGUCAAGUUCAUUGCUGAAGCAGUAAAGUGGUUGUGGAUUUUUGCUGGCAAAUAAAAGUACUUUUGUUGGAGAAA